CUUGAUCCGGUGGGAACCCAGCAAAGAAAAGCUCAUCGUCUGAAAAGGCGGCAGUAUUCCAGCCCCGGUCCCAAUUAUUGUUGGCACUCAGAUGGGUACGACAAACUAAAGCCGUACGGCUUUCCUGUUCACGGCUGCAUUGACGGAUAUAGUCGAAGAAUUAUCUGGCUCAAACUUACUAAAAGUAACAACAAUCCGCAUAUUAUUGCUUCAUUCUUUUUAGAAUCUAUUAAGGAAUUACAAGCUUGUCCGACACUCUUACGAACAGAUAGAGGCACGGAAAAUGGAAGUAUGGCGACAGUGCAGUGUUUCCUUCGGAGAAACCAUAACGAUUCAUUAUCCGGUUUGGGUGCUCAUCGUUACGGCUCAUCGCAUACAAAUCAACGGAUAGAGGCAUGGUGGUCCUUUCUACGAAAGAACUGGAGUUCAUGGUGGAUUAACUUUUUUAAAGAUAUGGUAGAUACUGGGGAUUUGGACACAAGCAACAGCAUGCAUAUGGAAUGCCUUUGGUUUUCAUUCAAGAAAGUAAUCGAAAAUGAGUUGAGUCAAGUUCAAAGUAAUUGGAACAAUCACUAUAUUCGCAAAUCAAGGUACCAAACCAUGGCUGGGAUUCCAAACAAACUGUACUUUUUGCCAGAGGAAGUUGGAUCAGAAGAUUACCAGAAACCAUUUAAUCCUGCUGAUCUGAGAGAAGCCGAAUAUGAAGUUCACUCCACCGAUACAGAUAAUUCUGAUGAUGAAGAAAAUGAAACCAGUGACUACCAACAAUAUUUUAACUAUGCACUUCAAACACUUGGAAUUGAUCACCCAACCAGUUGGAGAGAAAGGUUGCAUGUUUAUCAAACAUUGUUAUCUUCUGCCACUUAGUUAUAAAGUAAUUUAAUAUGGCUGUAAGCAAUAUGCAUGGGAAUAAUGCCUGAAAACACAAUCAAGUUGCACUCACAAAGAACAACUAGAACAAUUGAAAGUUGCUUUGUUGGAUUUUUAUUUAACAUGUAUAAUUGUUACACAUUAUGCAUAUACUUUUUCCCCCAAAAUAACAGAACGCAAUUAAACCAUCAAAUAUCCUUGAAACGUUAUAUGUGGAGUACAAACAGUUUAACGAUACAUUUAUGACGCUUGACCAAAACUGGAGGAAUUUAAAAUAUCCAGAUCCAUUUUUCCCUUGAACACUUCAUAUCCUUUGUAGACUUUGGGCAGGUGUGUAAGGUCGUUGAGCACGUAUUUGCUCUUGGCAAAUUUCCAUCAUGGAACUCAAUGACAAUGGUGGGAGAUGUCUCAAAAUCCAUAGGUGGAGGGACACUGGCUCCAGUGAUAAAGACAAGCACAUCUUCAAGCUUGGGUGAUGCUUCAUUAGCUAGAAAUGAAUACAAGUACUUCAAAUUUUUUCCUGGAAUAUAUAUUUCCUUGAAAUAAAUUGUUAAUUAUGAAAAAAGAUAUUAAAAUUAUGGUUACAUGAACAGGGACUUCUUUGUGAUUGAUAAAAGCAGAUGUGAUAAUAUUAUAACAUAUCAAAAUAUAGGUUUAUAAAACCAUCACAAAAUUAAAUCAUAGGUGAUAAUAUUGUGUGAAAUGUUGGGUCUUUAGAUUUAUAUUAAAGUUAUAAAUUCCUUGUAUGUUUGCAUGGUGAUAUUUCUAAUGUCAUUUUUGUAUUUUGGGGGAAACACCACUAUUAUAUUUAUUUGACAUACAAAUAAUGUAUUUUUAUUUAUUUCUAAAAUUAAUAACUGUGGUAUCUUGCACAAAAACAAUACUGAUAUAUUAAUGUUUUUUUCAAAAACAAUUUCGGUGAUCGAGAAUACAUUUUCUUUUGUAAAUAUCAAUUGUUUUAUUUAGGCUCUUUCAUUGUUAUGAACUCUGCAGCUUCCGAAAAACUCUUACUGAGUUAACCUUACACGAAUCCUUUUAAAAUUAUGAUUAACCUUUUACCUUGACAAUCUUGAAGGUAGUUCCUGCAGUAAGCGAGAACACGUUCUUGUGAAUCCCUUUCAUAUUUUGAUCCAUGAUCUUUAAAUUUUAUACGAAAAAGAUUAUGCAAAGAUUCAGCAUUUUCAGUGUAGUGUUUUUCAUUAGCAAUUACCAAAACGGUGUCAAAAAUUUACCAAAACAAAUACGAAAAAUUUGCCAAAACAAAUAAAAGUUUUGUAGCUAGAACCCUGAAAUAUAUAAAAUGUAUAUACUUCACUGGCUAAAACAACCGAAAACUAGCUUAAUACAUGAACGCCCAUACCUGUAGAUUUUAUUUUUGUGGAGGUAGCCAAUCUUUAAAUGGAGCUAGACUAUGCCACAUUCUCGUACCCAGAGCCCGCCUUAUACACACAAUCAACAGGGCAUGACAAGGACGCGGUGUACGAGAAUGGGUUUGCCUCAACAGUCAACUGCAGAUCAAAAUUUAGCCUCUGAACGAGAACAAAAUGCCAAGUGUGUCAAUGUCAUGUUUAUGUGCAUAUUCUGGGUAUUUCAGUCUUAUUUAAUACAGCGGAAUAUAGAAGUGCAUUCUGAGAGUUCUUGCAGUUAUUCCAGUUAGUCAGUAACUCCUGGUUUAGAUAACAAGCUCCAAAUGAUUUUUGGAGUUAGCAACACAGCAAGUAACUUCAACCUUACAUGUUUGUACCUAGCGGCUAUAGGCUGACUCGCCUCGCUAUACACAUACUUUUUGGAGUUAGGCAGUAACUCAAGGCUUAGAUACCUUGUUUUUUCAUGAUUUUUGGAGUUAUACGUAGCUCCAAAUGAUUAUUGGAGUUAGCCAGUAACUCCAGGCUUAGAUGCCUAGCUCCUAAAUUAUUUUUGCAGUUGUAUACUUAGCUCCAAAUGAUUUUUGGAGUUAGCCCUUUAGAGCUUGGAGGUAGCAUCGCUCCAUAACUUCCUACUUUCUACAGGCAUGUGAAUGCCUAGGGAGAAGGGGCAAUUUUUCCCGGAACCAGACUUAAAGGACCAUUUCCACUCAGGCCGUAGCUAUAGUAUAUAUGUAUAAUCAAAUAUUCAUGUUUAUACAUACCGUAAAAAUAAUCGUAAUGCAACCCCACCCCCCAAUUAUCGGUAUAGCUACGGCCCUGCUUCCACUCAAGAAAAUUUUCUCCACGGACAGAACAGUGUUCCGAAAUAUUAUUUUUAAAAGUUGAAAAUUUUCAACGUCAACAUUUUUCUCCCACUGAAAAUUUGUGUCAUCCAAUAUAUCGCAUUUUACAAAAUUUUCUCUGGAAAAUUUCACCCUGGAAGAAAAUUUUGUAAAGUGUGAUUGGCCGACACAAAUUUUUUUUCCGACACAACGGUAAAUCUUUGAAGAGUGUUCUGAAACGAUAAACAGUAAUUUUUUCCUCACGCUUCACGUAAAUUUUUAGUGUUUUCACGACUGACGGUAACCGAAUAUAUACAGAGUGUAUAGAUCUGGUAGCACGUGCUGGUAUAGCCCAGUGCUGGGAGAAACACGAAAUAUAAACUUACAUGAAGUACUUCCUAUAUGUAAGCGUGUAAUCUUGUAUUCUUGUUUCCCGCUAAAAAUUAUACUCGAGCUCAUCGAGUCAUCACCUUUGAGUACUUUUUGUUUCCAAAAUGAAAUGUAUAAGAUGUGGGGUAGUCAAUUUAGAAGAAUUUAAUUUCUGUCACAAUUGUGGAAAACAGGUGCAAGUAGAAGGACUAAUCCAAAAUGAAACUAAGAAAUCAACGAGAAAAAUGUCCAAAAGAAAGUACAAACUUUCGAUCAGUUUCGUAAGCGAUUGUCUUCUCAGCGACAAGAACAAAUAAAUACAAACAAAAAAUUUAAAGCCAAGAAGAAUAAAGCAGUUGCUAGCACGGAGGUCAUGAUAAACAUUGGUUUAAUGAAGUUAGUCAAUGGAGUUUUUAAACCAGUUAAAGGAAAGGCGAUUAUGGUUCGUGUCCUUUCAGAUAUUCGUAAGGUACCAUUGUUAAGCAAAGCACUUGAAAAGCAUUCAGCACAUGACCGAAGUUUUGAUCCAAACAAAGACUACACUCUCGCCUAUCCUGAUGGCACUGAAGUUCUCACGUUACCUGGACAACCUGCUCAAAUAUUUCAGCUGGACAAGUACAAGGAAGACGUUGGUAAAAGCUUUAACCGCAUAACAUUGUACCUUGUACAGAGAGAUCUUUUGAACAAUGAUGGUGGAAAUGAAAGUGACGACUGUGAGUUCAGCAGUGAGUCUGUUCACUCUGUUACUUCAGAGGAACCUUGUACUUCUGCGGCAAGUGCCACCAAUAACACAUCAGAGGUAUCUGUCAAUGACCCUAAUUAUUGAAUUGUUUUAAGUAUAUAUUGUUUUAAAUACUGUAGUUGGCAAUAUUAAAAAAUUCACGAUAUUCCAUUUAAUAUAUGUACCCCCUCCUCCCCCUGCUAUAUAAAAGAGCCUGAAGGGAUAAGCUGAUCUUUUGCCCUGGAAUUCCUCAGUGAUACGAAGGCAGGAAUGUAGCUAUAGGGGGGUGGGGGGGGGUGUAACACCCCCCAAUAGGGGUGUAUUAAACACCCCCCAAUAAUUCAAACAUUGGUCAAAGUUGGUCAAAAUGAAACUGAUAUUUGCCCAAAGUUGAUCAAAAUGGAACUGAUAUUAUAAGGUAAAACUCGGAAAAAUUUGGUGAAAGUUUUGGAAAUAAGAUGGUCGAAGUUGUUAAAAGUUAUGAAAUGGUUCGCACUUUUAACAAUUUUAAAGCUUCAGUUAUGUUUGCGGUGAAAAGGUCGGAAGCAUUGCUUAUAUUGGUCGAAAAUUUUUUAAUAUGCUUAUAAUAGUCUAUAUUAGUCCGGAAAAUAUUUUUGACCUCCCCCCUAGGAAACGUUGGUCAAAACAUGACGACCCCCCCCCCAAUGUUGAUGGCUUUGCGACGUCCCUGUAUGAAGGGACCAAUCAUAAAGUACAAGGGGGGGGGGCUGGAAAAAACAGGGUGUGGGUCAUCCAAUUUUGAACAUCAGAAAGGGGGUGGGUCAUUUAAAAUUUAACAACAGUUUGGGGGUGGGUCAUAGUAAAAUGUGCUUGAUUAAUAUAUAGGUUUCAAAAGGUAUAGAGAUCAUUAUUAAAUAUUAUCUUUACAAAGCAUGGCUGGAAAAAUGUCAAUGAAGAAAUACAAUAUGUAUUAAACACAAGAUUCCGGAUAAUAAAUAGUUGGAUUUAAUCACGGUUCUUUUAUCACAGUUUUAUCAGACAACAAAUAAAAGAUAUUCUUAAUAUUUUAUAAAUUAUGAAGGUUUAUCCAUGAGUUUUUCGUCAUUAAAUUAGUGUGUACUACUUGUUGGCUACAUCAUGUAUUACACAAUAGAAAGAACACAAAGGAAGUGAAGAGAAAGAGAGACUUGGAGCAAGUAUAUUUGAAGCAAAUUUUCAAUGCAAGGGUUGGUCAUCAAUUUUUAUGCGAGGGCAAAAGAGUGGGCCAUCAAUAAUUAUGCCUAACUUGUGGGAUGGGUCUUCAAGAAAUAUGUUUUUAAAACUUUGAAUUUUCCGGCCCCCUCCCUGUACUUUAUGACCGUCUCUAAGGUACAUUGUAUUUUGAUUGUAUAUCUUCUGGGGUGAAGUACAUGCAGCCUGCUUGCAGCCCGAAAUUUCGUCCUAAUUGUCUGUCUUCAAAUUUUAGGGGGGGAAGGGCUGCUGAGCAGGCUAAUAUAAGUAUGUGUAAAAACACUAAAUUCUUCAGGGGUUCUGUUUUAUUAGGAAAUCUUCACUACAUCACAGGUGUUUGUUGUUGUGGGUCAUGUCAUUCUGAUCCUAGUUAAUUAACCCCAUAGAAGGAAUUAUUCAGUUUUUAAUGGAAAUUAGCCCAAUGACAAUUCAUGAAGGAGCGAUCCUUUAAGUCAAAAUGUAUGUGCUCUCCACCCAAUUUGUUAAGUAGAAGAGCUUGGAUUUUUAAUAUUAUACUGUACCAUAUUUCAAUUAAUUAAUUGAAAUCUCAAAGUUGAGUAAUUGAAUGGUAAAAAAAUAUUUGGUGCAGUUUUAUCAUGGUAUUGCCAUACAUUUAGUAUGGCUAUAUUUUGGUUGUACAGUACUGAACACAUAUGUAAAUAGUGAUGUUUAAUCUUCUAUAGGAUAUCCUGCUGCAGUCAUCAUGCAAUUUGAGAAAUUCGGAAACAUCUAAUUCACAACCUGUAAGCUCACAACAGAAUGGUCGUUUAUCUACAUGUAGCAGUGGUAGCCAGACUCACAGCAGACAUUCCACUAGCAGAAAUUAUGCAUCAGGAUCUUUUAGGUAAAUUACUAAUUAAUAUUUUUUUAUUUAACAACAUAAGUACAGUCCUUGCAUCUAUAAGGACGAACGGUACUGAUAAAAAACAUUGUCUUCUCACAUGAUUUAAAUUGUGACAGCAAAUCAGUAAUAUAGCUACAGUUGGUACUAUAUUAAGGUUAUAUAAAAAAAUGAUGCAACUAAAUUGAAAAUAGACGAAAUUUUUAAUUAAUGUUUUGACUUUUAGUGAGGGCCAGUUUAAUAUCUGCAUGAUGUGGUUCUGGUUUCAUAUGCUGAUUGAAACAUAUGUUAAAAUAUAGGGUUGACAUAUUGAAAUUCAGUCCAAUUAGGUGUACAUACAAUGUAUAAUGAUAAUCAGAUAUAAUAAUCACAAUUUCACAAAUCAAAUAAACGUUCUGAGAUUUGAUUUUGCAUGUUCGUAUCUGAUUUCUAACCCCUUUUCUUCAGUAUUUAGUCCUUGCAUAUGUCCUUGAAUUUCACUCUUCCUCACAUGUACGAACCCUGUUUAAAAUCUCACAGCCAUGCGUAUAUAGUUGCAUCAUUUUAUAACAUUCUGUUAAAUUUUUAGUGCUGAGGAAAACUAAAAUUAAUCUGUACUUGAUCGUGAAAUCAUCGCUCUAGUAAUUUUUCGUUGGUUUGCUAGUGGCAGAAAGGUUAAUGUAUUAUGCAGUUGCAUGUUUCUGCAGAGUUUUGUCACGCAAUAUUGCAAAUUAUAUUGAUCGACUGAUUGCUCUAGCAAAUUGCAACAGACGCGAACAAAUUGCAAUUUUUACGUACUAAAGUAACAGUAUUAAACCGUCAAAUGCAAAAUUCAAAAGUUUAUAAAUAAAGUCUGAAUGGUACAAAACAAUCCAAUAAAAUGCUUGGCAUCGACCUCUCGACGCGACCUUUCGAUCGACAAAUUGUCAACAUGUAAAAAUUGCAAUUUGUUCGCGUCGGUUGCAAUUUGCUAGAGCAAUCUGCCGAUCAACAAUGGCAUUGCGUGACAAAUUCCAAUGUUGCCGGCAACGUACGGAACACCAAAUUUGACGUAAAAGUAUUUUUCUUUAAAUUGUAGUUGCGAGGCUGACUAUACAUCCGCAGAAAGUACACAAGCAUCUACAAGUAGUGAAGUUCUGGAUGUACUGAGCACACCCAAAUCAUCUAACGAAGUUGUAUGCGAUUUAGACGAAAUUUACGCCACGUUGCUGUUCGACGAAAUAAAUUCCGAAGUGUUUGAAUACGAUCUCAUGGAAGAUAUAGUAGAAACUAAUGUAGAUGACGUUAUUCAUGACGACAUUGAGGAGAACAUCACAUUGAAGGAAAUACUAUCGAAUCUUGCAGAAGCAACGUCCUAUGAUCAAAUUUCAAUCUUCCACUUAAGUCGAAAUCAUAUAUGGGAAGGUACCAAAAGGGCGAUGAACAGAAAGUCGUUUAGUCCUGUGAAUAAGUUAUCAGUAAAGUUUACGGACGACAUCGGUCAGUCAGAAGGAGCUGUGGACAUGGGAGGUCCAGGGAGGGAAUUCUUUACCCUUAUCACAGAAUGACUGGUUAAUUCGCGACUUUUCUUCGGUGGAAUAUCGUCAAAGUUCCUGUCGUUAAAUGCAACCUGCUUAGAAGAACGGGAGUACUUCAUGGCCGGACAGAUUUUCGCCAUGGCACUUGUACAUGGUGGUCCAGGUGUCAAUUGUCUCUCAAGUUCAUGUUACGAUGCGAUUGUUAAUGAAUCCGGAACGCAGAACCUCAGUGCAACACUUGAUGAUAUUCCUGAUUUUGAGAUGAGAGAAUCGCUUGGCAAGUUAUUACAAGCUCCUUGUGUGGAUGCUGCUCGGAAAAUCAUUAGCGACGAAAAGUUGGAUACCAUAUUUGACAUGGCAGGCACGUUGCAGAUGAUUAGAAUUAAGGCCAAUGUUGACAAGAUAGUGCAGCGCACCAUCAACUGGUAUGUGUUGAGGAGAAGUCAACCAGCAUACUACAGCUUCAAGGAAGGCUUGUGAGCCUUAGGUGUACUCAAAGCCAUGUUGAAAUACCCAAAUUUGUUCAGAGAAACAUUUUGUUACAAUUCAGAACCGUUAACCGUUGGCAUGAUAAUGUCUGUUUUCAAAGUGAAGCGUGCAGAAGAAGGUUCGAAUAGAAGAAAUGUCGAAAGGCUAGUCCUGUCGCACUGAGCCAGACCCCACACAAAUCAACCUCUCGGAAAUUUUGUUCUUUGCAUCCGGUUGCAAAAUCUUUCCUCCCCAAGGCUUACAUUGUGAAUUACAAUUUCUGCACGAAACUGAAAAAGAUGGAAAGUUAUCCAAGUUUCCUAAAGCUAACAUGUGCGCGUGUAUCCUUAAUCUGCCGGUUGUUCAUGGUGAUUACGAAAGCUUCAAGAACGCCGUAGUGUUCGGCAUUAAAAAUGCUCGUGGAUUUGGCUGUGCAUGAACAAUCGUAUAUAUACAUCCAGUACUAUACCAGUAUUGACUGUAUGGAUUGAGAAAAAAUGUUUGCAUUAGUUGAGAUUAGCGUAACAGUUGAGUUUUGUUUAGGAGAACAGUGUUUUUAUUUGUAUCAUACUGAUGCAACAACCUGUUUUAUAUUAUUUGUACGUGGCUAUAUUGUGUCGAAGUAAUCAUAUUAUCCCUAUAUGGGACGUAGCUAUAGCAGGGAAAGUAGACAUAAACCGCCAAGAGUAAACCGACAACAACCCCAAGAGUAACAGGUUUGCAGAAAAUCCACGUUAGUAAACAGAUAGGAUGAACCAGUAAAGAAUGUUAGUAUUCCAUCUACGAGAUACAGAGUUGCAUUGGUAAAAAUAUUUUUAGAUCGUUGAAAGUGUGAUUAAGCAGCCAGAAAUGUUUAUAUGACAUAUGUUUAUAUGACAUAUGACAUGAAUGUUUUUAUUUUCUUAAAUGAAAGAACUCUUUAAGCUGUAGUGUAACUUAUUUUUCAGUUUCGUUUUAUGGUUUGUUCCCGAGAUAUUGAAAUUUGUUUGGCAUGUAAAUGGUGUGAAUAUGUCCGCUAAUUUAUGACGUCACGUUGGUUGAAAGCUCUUCAAAAUGGUUGAAUAUCACGGCUAUCAUCCAAGAUAAUAAUUUCUAACUUCACUCACUGGUAAAUGUGAUAAAAUACUGGAGAAAACGUGAAAUGAUAUCUACAGUUUUUAGAGUUAAUAGAUCUAUAACCAGUGUAAGUGGAGCUUGCAACCAACGUGACGUCAUAAAUUAGCGGUCAUAUUCACAUCAUUUACAUACCAAACAAAUUGAAAUAUCUAAGGAACAAACUAUGAAAACAAGAAACUGAAAAAUAAGUCACACUACAGCUUAAUUUAAAGAGUUCUUUCAUUUACACUGUAAGAAAAUAAAAAAAUUCAUGUCAUAUGGACUUUAAGAUUUUUAAGUAAACAAUAAUAAUUUGCUUAUCAUGGUGCAAGCUAAUCAAAUAUGACAUGCAUGCAUUAGCAUUUUAACAUUCAGGCCGUCUCUACGUCCAUGCAUGUAUAGAGCUAUGAUAAAAUUAUAACUUCUUAUAUUGAAAACAUGCAAGAUCUGGAAAUUUAUUCCUGGAUUAUUGUAACGGAUUCCUUUUAUACAUGUAUAAGGUAUUUAGCUGUUAGUAAACAUUGUCAUUGACCUAUAUAUAAGUUUCUAAAUAACUUAGGUUAUGUGUUAACGAAUAAAUACUUUAAUUUCCAGUUACUAGCGGAAAUUGGGAAUUCCAAAUUGUUUUACGUCUAUUUCUAAUGGUUAUAUAUAUGGUCGUCGAUCUUCAUUAAAGAAUGGUUUGUUCACAAACAAACAUCAACUAGAGCUGGAACAAUCUUAAGCAAAUUAAGCUAAGUUACUGUAUAGAUAACUUUCGUUUUACCAAAGGCAAAGCUGUGGAAAAUUAAACCUUUGAGCGAGGAGUUUGUCCGCCUGACUAGCAAAACGAAACAUUAUUUUUAUGUUGCAUGCAUGGUCACAAAACAAACUAGACUGAAUCCAUUCUAUACAAUAUACUAUCAUACAUCAUUCCAUGUUAAACCUGUUCAGCAAAAUUUAAAACCGAAGUGUAAAUUCUAAAAACUAUAGUUUGUUCAGGGAUUUCCAGAAAAUUUUAGGAGUUCCCUCAAGGAAAGAAGCCGACUGCCCGACUAUAUAUCGCAGCUGACCAGUUAGUUCAAGACGCCGGACGACUAUUACCGCUAUAUAUGACAUAUAUAAUCAACCAUUUGCAAACUGAAGAAGAUUAUUGUAAAAUUCUAACGCUUCUCUCCAGUGGGUCGGUUUCUGUAAUCCAGCAGUAGUUACUAUAUUGUCAAUGGGCCACCGUAUUUAAACGAUUUAAAAGCGUUCUUUUUGAAAUGUUUAUCCCAUGAUUUCUUUCGAGAAAACUCAAAAUUGUAUUGUAGUCGUAAUUUAACGAGAAAUAAUGUCGAAUUAUAGUUUCUUCUUGCUCAGCAUCCGCCAUUUUUAAAUAAUUUGGCGCGAUUUUUGUGUUAAUCUGCGUUAAUACUGGUCAGCGGUUCGAUUCAUAAAUUAACAUAUUAGUGUAUUGUGUUUUGGUUUAGUGUAUUGUGUUUUGGUUUAGUGUAUUGUGUUUUGGUUUAGUGUAUUGUGUUUUGGUUUAGUGUAUUGUGUUUUGGUUUAGUGUAUUGUGUUUUGGUAGUGUGUAUUGUGUUUUGGUAGUGUGUAUUGUGUUUUGGUUUAGUGUAUUGUGUUUUGGUAGUGUGUAUUGUGUUUUGGUGUGUGUAUUGUGUUUUGGUAGUGUGUAUUGUGUUUUGGUAGUGUGUAUUGUGUUUUGCACUUAUGGGCCACCAUAUUUCAGCAUCUUGUACAGAUACUACUGUAACAUUACCCCCAAUACGAUCCCACACCACCAAGUAAAGUUUUAACUGUUAGCCAAGAAGCUCUCACCUGAACAAUUUCAAAAUGCACCACCUUCAUCAACGUUGUGCAUAACAUGGUGUAAACACCAUAUUUGGCAGAGUGCCCCAUCGAGUCAAAACAACCAUCACCUGACCAUUCUACUCUGUUAAGCCCUUUUGCCUUGUCUAUAAAGGCUUUUCCAGUAGGUUUUCCAGUAGUAAAAUAUUGAUGGAAAGACUAAAUGCCUUUGAUGUUGAAAAUAUGUUCGAAUAGAGAACACUGCAAGACCCAUGUGGCGAAAGACUAACAGAAUCUUGCUGAUAGAUGCCCCCAGCCAUCAGGACAGCAAAACUAAGCAUGACAUUACCAUCAGCAUAUCGACCCAGUAAUAAAGGCUGAGAAUGCCAAACAAAUCCAUUGGUACAGUUAGCACAUUUUUGGGUAAUAGUUACCAUGGUCCUCGUCUGAUUCAUCAGAAUCCUCAGAUUCAUCUCCAUCAAUAUCUCUCAUAGGAAAACUCAUCAUCAUCAUCCAAGCAAUAUUCACACAAUGCUUAGUUCUAUUUGCACUUGCCAAUUUCAAUUUGCAGGGACAGUUAGGACUGCAUAUACUGGUAAGUGGUGUGGAUGUAGCCUGGAUCAAUGUGGAUGGUGACAUGCUUUUGUCUGCAGGGCCAAGGGUUUCUGGUACUGCCUCUGUUGUUACCACAUCUUUCUGGGGCAUUUGUUGACAUGCUUCUGUUUUUCCUGGGAGGGCAAAGGGCACUCAACUGCUGGUUCUACAUAUGAUUGGACUGCCAGUUCUAUAGCUGAUUCGACUGCUGGUUCUAUAGCUGAUUCGACUACCGGUUCUACAGAUGAUUCUAAAGAUGAUUCGACUGCUGGUUCUACAGAUUUCUUUACUUUCUUCUUUGCUGGUUCAGCCAAAGACAAAGGAUCUCAUUUGUACUACAUAAAAACGCCAAAGUCUUGACUAUAUGUCAAUUGUCAUUUACAUAUCAGUUUGUCGAAUAAUUGGUUUGUAGUAUAGUGUUUUAUAUAGUCUAAAUGUUUUGGUUUAUUCACAAAAACUAUGUCUAUAUAAACAAUGAUGAAACUACAGUAAAGCAAAAUUAAACCAGUUCUGGAAUUCUCGUUUGAUCAUACGGUGUCGGUAAUAUGUUAGUAUUAAAAUAUGUUGAUAUAUGCAUAUUUGCCAAAUCCUAUUUGAAUAUCAAAUUAUCAUAUAAAUGCUAUUCAUGCCCAUUGGCAUUGCCAAUAUACAUUUAUCUACGCACAAAAUAACUAUUAAUUCACAAACUAUAUGCUAGAAUUACCUGUCUUUUAUCGCGGCCCAUAUGCAUGUAUCUAUGCACAAAAUAGCUAUUAACUCAUUAAUGCCCGUAUGCGCCCUGAAAUUGACAGGUGGGUAACGGACAAUGCGCCCUCAAAUGACACCUCAACUUGCGGGCAUGAUAUUUGAACACGUGUUUAUCGGGUUGCCCAGUAACAGAUACGAAAAUAGAAUGUGAAAUUCGAGCUUUUCAACGGUGUAUCAUGCAAGAAAAUUGGUCAGAAACUCGCAAAGUUUUUCAAGUUUAAAACCUUAGUUUUUCAAAAAUAAUGAAUAAUGGAGAUAUUGUUGCAAAGAAGGAUUUUACAGCAAGUUUUAAAAGCGAAAAAAGAAGAGGUUUUCAGAUGAUAUACAACGAAAAUUUGGCAUGAAAGGAAAGCGAAUGUAUUGACGUUUUGGGCCAAGUUUUUCUGUGAACCUUGCGCGAGAUUUUCAGCCAAAAAGAUGAGGAUUUCUCCAAACUUUAUUAAAAAUAGAAGUCGGAAAUCACAACACAAGUGAGCAGAUACAAUUUUUUAAAGGGUAUUUUUGAGUAGAAAUAUGCAAUCAAACACUCACAAAAUUCGACCGCAUUAAUGUUGGUUGAAUCUAGUUUAAAGUUAUCUUUUUAGACGAACUGUUUAUGCAAAUUUGGGCACAAUCUCGACUGUUUUUGUGACCCCAUUGUUGGUCUUCUUGUUCAAGUUGUUAUUUUAGCUAAAGUAUGUUUCAAACGACACCAGAUUGUGCGUAUGUGACCUUUUUUGACCUUUUUGGCAAGAAUACUUUGAGUAUUAAAUUACACUAAAUAAGUAGGAUAUUCCAAAGUCACUGUUAUAUCUAUUUUCAUCAAUUUAGUCUUAAAAUGACAACUCGUUUCAGACAUAUUGUGGUUUAAAAUAAGUGUAUUGAAUAAACGCGCUUGCUUGCCACGUGCGAAUUCUCAAAAGGUCCGCACUUGAGUUGUAAAGCUUUCAAAAUGCUUUUUUACUGGUUUAUUAUAUCCCGGGGCCCUAUAAAACUUUAAAUCGAUAAAGCAGAUAAUAAUGUUGAUGAAACAUCAUUCUCUAGUAACUAUACACAUUGAAUUAGAAGAAAAAGUUAUCAAAAUAGGUCGUGACGGUUGUUUGGCAAAAUGCCGCUUCUCUCUGAAAUGGCUUCCUUUGCGGGAAGCAAUGAAAUUGAAGUUCUAACAAAAACUAACCUUAGCAGUUCUUUUGGGCCCAUUGCUCACUUAUUUAUCAUGAAAUCGCUUCACUAGAACAUUUUUAAUACUGUCUAUGGAAAACUUUGUAAUUUUCUGAACUAAAAGUUUAUGGUUUCGAGGUGUUUAUUUUAUAAAAUAGCACGCGUGACAAAAUGGCACUUUUGUGGUUUCUCACGUCUGACAAACAACCAAAGAUGAAAGUCCUUAUUUCACCUUUUUAUAGCUAUGUGGAAUACCUGAAUAUUAGGUUAUCUUUUUAUGUGAGUAUACAGAUAACAUUUCUACACAAUAGUCCUUAUGAAGGUUUAUUUCAAACUAAAAAAAAACGAGUGUUUUUCAGAGCCAGACUUCAAAAGAGAACGUGUGUCUGACAUUUUAUAGCAGCCUACAUUGGCGCGCAAAAUAAUUUUGGCUAAAAACCGUUGCUUUUCCAACAAAAACAUGAGAAAAUUGAGCUAAAAGUCUUACCUGAUGUAUGUUUAAAUUGUUUUUCUUUUUAUGGUGUUUUUCAGUGGUUUGAGUAGAGAGGUUAAUAGCUUUUGGUUUUGUCACCACAAUUUGCCUUUUGAAAAUGUCGGCUGUCAUUGUCUGUGUUAAUAACACCUCAGAAAAUUCCUAUUUUCUCACCUUCCCAUCCUUGGUUUAUUGAAAAUAAAUAGAUUCUAGUACCAUAUGUCCUUAUAAAUAUAUUUGAAGUAAUUCAAAACUUGAAAGAUGUACAAGCACUGUGUUUUGGCUUGCACACUUUGUUGAAUUUGAACACUUAGUUACUGUUCUAAAUUUCAUGUUGUAAACAUCUUGCCCAAAAAAGCAAAGGAGUAUAUUUUAUAAUUUUUGAUCAUUUUCUAAUUCAUAUCUCAAUAGAUGAAAAUUGGUUAUUAAAAUAGAUAUGUACUAAUUUAGUGAAUAAUUUUUUUUUUGGUUUUUAUAUAAAUUUAUGGAGAUAUUGCCCCUUUAGGUGAAUA